AUGGAGAAAUUUCUCACAAAAACGACCAAGACUAAAGUUGGUCAAACUAUUGAAAUAAGUUUAGACAAACCAAAUAUUGUGAAGACUAUUAAAAAUUCAGAUGAUGAAGAUGAUCCGUCACCAGUAGCAAAGAAGAAAUCUAAAAUGGAUAAUAAAUCAACUCAUCCAUUGAUUUCAGAAGAUGAUCAAAACUUAAAACAGAUGUGUGACACUAUUAACUGCAUAACUAAAAGUUCAGUACCUUGGCCAUCAGAUUGGUCUUAUGAUCAAUGGAUUGAAAAAAAGAAUAAAUACCCUUGGCUUAUAUACAGUGAUGGGAAAAUUGGUUGCGAAUAUUGUAAGUCAGUAGAUACAUUAAAAACAUUUAAAAGUAAAGGUGUAAGUAAAGCAUUUCAAACUGGCCAAUCUAAUUUCUAUGAAACAACACAAACAAUUUUUCGAACAGCUUACUAUAUUGCUAAGUAUAAUAGACCUUAUGAUGACCACUCAAAAUUAAUUGAAUUACAGCAUCUCAAUGGACUUAAUCUUGAUGAAUCCACUACUGUAAGUUCUUUAUCAGGUAUGGUGGUUUAUGUUAAAUCAUCAAUAUUAAACUCAGAACCUAUUUUUAUAUUUUUGGAUUUGGUAGAAUUAAAAAGUCAAACCGCUUCUAGUAUUGUCAGUCAAUUAAUAGAAUGUCUUUAUGCUUCUGGAUUUUUUGGUAGAACAUUGGAGUUAGCAGUUGGUGAUACAUUAAAGGACAUAACUGCUACCAACCAUUUUAAGCAUUUUUUAGAUUCUUUAUAUUCCUUAUACAGCAGAUCUCCAAAAAACCAAAUUGAAUUAAAAGAACACUGUACAAGUUUAAAUGACAUUUUUUUAAAAAUUGGAAAAGUUCUUGAUGUUCGCUGGGUAGCAAGUAGUUUUAGAACAAUUAGUGUAAUUUGGAAAAUAUAUCCAGCAUUAUAUAAUCAUCUUAUUCAAGCUUCUCAAAAUAAAUUUCGUGAUGAAACUGUUAAAGCAAAAGAAAAAAUGAUAUUUAAAACUGUUGUUUUAUCUAACAACGAAAAGAUAACUUGUAUAAAUAAGAACCAGUUUAUAACAAGUGUAGUAAAUAAUUUAAAUAUGAGACUAAUACCAAAUGAAGGAAUGCGAAUCUAUAUUGAUGACAACGAUAAUAAUGAUAUAACUUUAAUUGAAGAACUUAAUGACAUAAAUAUUUUAAUCAAGACAUUUCCAUGCUCAACAGCUGAGUGCGAACGUGGAUUUAGUGUUAUGAACAAUAUAUGUACAGAUCUUCGUUCAAGAUUGUUAAUAAACAACAUUUCUAAUUCAAUGUUCAUAAAUAUUAAUGGUCCACCUUUACAAAGAUGGAAUCCUAAAGAUUAUGUCGAAAGUUGGUUAACCUCCCAUAGAGAUGCUGAUGACAACAAAUCAAGAAAAGUUAAUACCAGUACUGCAACUGAAGAUCCAAAAUAUAAACUAUGGCAAUUACUUUAA